AUGAGGAGUUUGUCAACAUUCCUUGCGCUGCUGCGCCUAGCAGAGUGGGCGACACCGGCCCGAAGCGACGCAACGCCAACAACCCACACAGACACGAAGAACGAGCAGCAGCAGCAGCCGUGCUCCCCCGACGCCUUUAAAUUCCCCACAGAGCUUCUUGAGGGCGCAGACCUCGUGGGCGUAACGGCGGCCGAGGUCAGAGAUCUGACAUUCAGCCCCCAGACGCCAGAGGGUCGCGCAGUCAUCCCGUCGGCGGGUGUCAGCUUCUGCAAUGUGACGGUUAAGUACGUUCACACGGGCUUCAACGACGAGACGCAGGUGCAGAUAUGGCUGCCGCCCGCUGGGGCUUGGAACAGACGGUUCGUGGGCGUCGGAGGAGGAGGGUACUCGGCCGGGCAGUUCGGGAGCGAAAAGGUCGUUGCGACGCUGGCGCAGGGGUAUGCGACAAGCUCUACGGAUGCCGGGCAUGACGACACGACGUGGGAAGAAGCGCCUUGGGCGCUCAAGAAGGAUGGCACGGUCAACGAGCGGUUAUUCGUGAACUACGCCUACGUCUCGGUGCACGACAUGACCAUCAUUGCAAAAUCGAUUGUGACGCAGUAUUACUCUCAGACGCCAACGUUCUCGUACUGGAGCGGGUGUUCGACGGGGGGCCGGCAGGGCAUCAUCGAAGCGCAGCGGUACCCCUCCGACUACGACGGCAUCCUCUCGGGCGCGCCGGCGGUGAACCAGCCGAGCCUCAUCAUCAGCACGUACUGGCCGCAGUUCGUGAUGAAUCAGAGGGGCGUGUACCCGCACAUCUGCGAGCUGAUUCUCAUGACGCAGUUCGCGGUCGACGCGUGCGACGAGCUGGACGGCGUCAAGGACAACAUCAUCGCCGACCCGGAUAAGUGCCCGUUUGACCCCGCAAGCGUGGUUGGAAAGGAGCUCGAUUGCGGGAACAAGAAGAUGGUCAUGUCGGCGGACGCGGCUGAGAUCGCGCGGGAGAUCUGGCGAGGCCCGCACGGCGCAGACGGGAGACCGCUCUGGCUGCCAAAGGGUUAUCCGGUGGGCGCUCCCUUCACGGGCCGUUUCGGGCUCGGCAACACCAACUGCAGCGUACCGGACGCACCGUGCGUCGGCCGGCCCUUCCAGAUGUCCGUAGAAUGGAUCCGUAACUUCGUGCACAAAGACCCGGCUUAUAACGUGAGCGGGAUGACAUUUGCCGAUCUAGAGGCGGCGUACGAGACAAGCAGGCGGGAGUUUGACGCGAUCAUCGGGGCCAACGAUCCGGACCUAUCCGAGUUCAAGAGGCUGGGGCGCAAGAUGAUUAGCUGGCAUGGUCUGGCCGACGAGUGUGUCACGAUGCGAACGUCGCGGGACUACUACGACCGGGUGUUGGCGGUGGACGGGGCGGCGGAUGUGUACUAUCGCCAUUUUGAGGCGCCGGGCGUGUAUCACUGCUACGGGCUGAACGGCACGUUUUACCCGCUGAAAGGAUUGGAGACGCUGCGAGCUUGGGUCGAGGAGGGAGAGACACCCGAGGUGCUGGAUGGAUUCAAGCUGAGUGGGGGGAACGAUAGCGAGGCGCCGACGAGGCCGUUGUGCGCAUAUCCUUCGGCAGUGAAGUUCAAUGGUGGCGAUGCGGACAAGAGGGAGUCGUGGAGCUGCGAGAAGCGUCCGGAAGACUGGAAGUGGGAUCGGGACGAGCUUUAA